CCUAAAUCAGUUCAAAACACCCUCUUUCUUCCUCCAUUUUCGAGCUCCAAAGGGUUUAGAGAGAGAGAAACUUCAAAUCUUCAUAUCUUCUUCAUUUUAGCUCCAAAUUAUGUCUGGAGGAAGACGUGACGAUCCCAUUUUCGAGGAGCCACCACUAGGACGGGAAGACCCACCACCUCAGCCUGAUAUCCCAUUUGCUACUAUUGCUGAUCGCAGACGCUUCCAGGCAUGGGGGCAAUACCGCACACUCCUUCCUCCCAUGAUCCUGGACCCGACGAUGCUAGAGGAAUGGGGGUACUGGGAUGAGAUUGAUUCCCUGCUAGGAGACUCCUUAUGGCGGAGGAUUCUAUUCGUUCAGGAGAGGGCCAGCCUUCCAUUGACGAUGGAGUUUCUGUGCUCCGUUCAGUUCACUCAUUACGGACAGGCUGUGCAGGAGGGUGCUGUUAUUGGGUCAGAGUCUCGGAUGAGGUUUACUAUUCUAGGCAUAGAGCACUCCAUCACUGUGGCUGAGCUCGGAUGGAGGAUGGGGCUCUAUACUCCAGCAUACACACAGACUGAGGAGUUCCGUGCUCUUCCGACCCGCUUACCCGAGGCAUUUGACAUUGAUGAGUUCUGGCACAGACACUCCACAGACACCAGAUCAUUUCUCCGGAUGCACCCCCAUUCGAACAAAUGGAGGGAGACUCACUGGUACAUACUCUCGUUCGUACUUUCUUGUGGUUUUUUUGGACGACCUAACAACACGAACAGGUUGUCCAAAAAGGACAUACUAUUCUUUUGGAGUUUGAUUCACCGCAUCCCGGUGAAUAUGGCUGUCCUUAUGGCUCGUUUCUUCCGGAGCCAGGGGAAGACUGUGCGGCGCACUAUCCAGGCAGGGCCUUUCAUCACUACUCUCGUUAGAUCAUUCUACCCAGAUCUAGACAUUCCAGGACUAGUGCACUUACAGGAUAGCAUCCGCGUUCUUCGAUCCUCAUCCUUUACCAACAUGAGGAUCAAGAAGAAGCGGAACACUCAGGAGCUCCCAGGUAUUGAGCAGCCGACCCAGCAGAGUAGUUCUUCUCGACCCUCAGGACAUGAGGGAUCUAGCGAGCCCUUUUCAUACAUGCCUAGCGCCGCAGAUUGGAGAGCGAUGAUGGAUGGGAUGAGGAGUCUACAGACCUCAGUCUCAGAGAUGCGGGUUGCACAGGACAGAGGAUUCCAGGAGAUGCGAGAUGCGCAUGAGACGGCCCUGGGAGAGUUCAGAGACUUUCGAUUAGCUCAGGAGAGAGCCACCCGGGAUAUGCAGGCGGAGCUAGAGACCCAGAGGCUAGAUAUUGAUGAGAUGAGAGACUGGCUUAGGCCACACUAUGGCCCUCGGGAUUACGCAGACGAUGCUUAGUUUUGCUUCUUCCUUGACAUUUGUUUAUUGUGUUUGUUUGUUUCUUCAGGUGGACAUUGCGCUGCUCUUUUGACUUGAAUGCUCUUACAAACUGACUACGGAUGAUGUAAGGAUUUUAAAAAAAACCAUUUUACUCCUGUUUCAUUAUUCCUCUUCACAAAAUCUUUUCAAAACUCAAGUGUGAGGAAAGAACCAAAAAAAAAAAAAAAAAUAAAAAAAAAAAAAGGAAAAUGUGCCUUUAUUUCCCAAUUUUGUGCCUCAAAAGAAGACCUCGAGGGCGAGGUCCAGCUCAAGUGUGAGGAGGUUGCGUUUUACACUCAAAAGUUAAAACCUUGUUUUAGAACAAUCUUUUUACUAUUUUUGACAUGAAACAUUAAUUUCUCAAUUUGUUAUCAAUCACAAAAUAGUUUAGAUAAUCACCCUUAUUAUAAGAAUUCACUUUUAUUAUUAUUUUUAGAAAACUUAAAUUUGUUAUGGGUUUUUGGUUGCGAAUGUAAAGGGCCGAAUUUGUUUUAAUUGGACAUUCAUUUUUUUCAUAAAAAAAAAUGUUACUAUUAAUAAACCUCUUCAAAACUCAUUGUUAUAGGACAAUUCCAUCUCCGAAAAGGGGCUCUGUUUCAUUCGUUAAUCACAGUCUGUGAGAAUGAAAUAUGCAUUUACCAUGGGAUAACACCGCCAACAAAGAGUGAAAAAGAGCAAAAAAAAAAAAAAAUGGUGAACAAGAUGAAUGUCCAAAUUAGAAUAAUGAAAACUUUGGGAUAAGGAAUUGAUCGGUGGUUUAACAUAAUCAAUAGUUUUCUUUAGUAAUAAUAAUAGUAAAUUCAUAUAUCUUGGGUGAUCUUUCUAAAAUAAAAAAAAUUGAGAAUAAAAGAGAGGUUUUUGUUUCUACUUCUUUAAUAGCUAUUCGAUUGUGAUAUAGUCAGGUUUUCCCUUUUUGAGUGUGUUUCCAACUAAUUCGUCGCUUGAGGACAAGCAACGCUUAAGUGUGAGGAGAUUGAUAAGUCCAUUUUUGUACUUAUUUUUCUUAUCAAAUUUAAGCGAUUUUUGAUUGAAAAUAGAAAGAAAAGGCAUGUUUUAGAUAUUUUGGUUCAAGUUUCAUGAAAUCAGGUGAAAACCACAUUCAUCGUAUGUUUGUCGGAAUUUCGGGUCAAUUGAGCACAAAAUGAGCCAAUUUGAGCAACAAAUGAUAUCAUACCGAAAGAAGGAGACAUUAUUUCAAGGUGGUCCAGAAGACAAUAUUGAAGAGCACAAAAUAAGGAACAAGCCGGACAAAUAAUCUCAAAGGCGGCCGUGCAGGCGGCCAAAAUGAAGGCCUUCGCGGCCGCCUACGGUAUUUUUGGAAAGUCAAACCUUGACUUUGACCGGAUUCGGAAAAGACCGUAGGCCGCCGACACUGGACGGAAGGCGGCCGCCUACGGUGACCGCCUGCGGCAGAAGACGACGAAGCAACCGCCGGCCGGUGGGAUUUGACGGCAGGCGGCCAGACAGGAACGGCAGGCGGCCGCCUGCUGGACCGCCUGCGGCGGCCGGGAUCCGCCGGGACCCGCCGCGAUCCGAUUUGCUUACGAAAAGACGGUAGGCGGCCGGUUUUCAUGGAAGGCGGCCGCCCUCUGUGGCCGCCUACGGCGGACGGAGACCGGCCCACGAUGGAUUGCCGGCGAAAAGACGGCAGGCGGCCAGAUGCCGACGGAAGGCGGCCGCCUGCUUGGGCGCCUUCGGGAUUUUUUCUGCUAUAAAAACCAGGCUUUUUCCUCAACCCAAACACACCACUUCCAACCCUAAAUCAGUUCAAAACACCCUCUUUCUUCCUCCAUUUUCGAGCUCCAAAGGGUUUAGAGAGAGAGAAACUUCAAAUCUUCAUAUCUUCUUCAUUUUAGCUCCAAAUUGAAAAGUUUGGCAGAGAGUGAGGACGUGGCUGGGCAUUCCUACUUCCUAGGGAGAUGGGGACCAUGUUAAGCUCGUUGAAAUGGAUCAAGAAGAAGAGACAAGGUUCGGGAAUCAAAGCUAAGGCGGCUAGGAUUGGCUUUUGCUAUUCCAUCUACUGGAUUUGGAGGACCCAGAAUGCUACGUGCUUUGAUGGCCUUAUUCCCAAAGAGGACGACGUUUUUGCUAGGAUUCAAUAUAUUGUCUAUAAGAUCUUGUAUAGUCUUUAUCCGCAUAAACUUGUAAUGCUUUGAUUUUGCUGGGCCUAACCAUCUCUCUGUUUUUUGGUUUGGCCGUUUCUUGUGGCAGCUUUUGGUUUGUUUUUUCGUGACCGCCACGCUGUGUGGUGUUGGGCGUGUGCUUGUUUUGAGUUUGUUUUGCUAGGUCUGGGUUUUCCAUGUUGAAAUAACCUACAGUUUUGUUUCUUUUUUUUUUUUUACAUUCUGAACCCCUGUUUUCUUGGGUGUUUCUUUUAAUAUACUUACAGUUCAUAAAAAAAGACGUAACUAUUUU